UUCUUUAUCUAAAUUUAAUUGUUCCUUUUUUAAACUUCUUGUAUUAGAAAUUAAUACAAUUUGAUAAUAUAUAUAUACACAUAAGAAAAAGAAAAAGGAAAAGGAAAAGAUAAGGAGGCAAACAUGAUGAAUGGAAAGGCCUCUGUCUCCAAAGAGCUCAAUGCCAAGCACAUUAAGAUUCUGGAGGGUCUUCUAAGGCUACCAGAUAACAGAGAAUGUGCUGAUUGUCAGAGCAAGGCACCGCGAUGGGCAAGCGUUAACCUUGGAAUAUUUAUAUGCAUGCAAUGCUCAGGAAUUCAUAGGAGUCUUGGGGUGCAUAUUUCACAGGUACGUUCCACUACAUUAGAUACUUGGUUACCUGAGCAGGUUGCUUUUAUGCAAUCUAUGGGUAAUGAGAGGUCCAAUAAGUAUUGGGAAGCAGAAUUGCCACAGAAUUUUGAUAGAAGUGGAAUUGAGGCAUUCGUCCGUGCCAAAUACGAAGAGAAAAGAUGGGCUUCAAGAGGAGAAACACAACCUUACAAGGUUGGUGAAGUUAGAUGCAAGAAGGGAAACUUGACAACCAAGAGUGAAAUUCCACAGCAUAUACGAAGUCAUUCUCUUGAUGAAGGCAGUUUUGCUAAGUUCAUGGCACAAUCUGCUCCUCUAACUACAAGACCUCGUGGGCUCUCUUUAGACCUGAAGAAUCAUGGAAGUGGUUUAAUUCCUCCAAAAGGGCAAUUGGAGGAGUCAAUAAAGAACAAAAAUGGUACUACACAACUUUUCAGCCUGUGCAUCCAAGAACCAAAACAAGAAAAGCCUAGUCAACUUCCGGCUCGUUGGGCAACUUUUGACUGAAAGAUGUGCAUCAAGAUUAUGAAAAUCAUUUUUCAGGUUUGCUCUAGAGGUAAAUGAGAUUACAAACUUGUACACUUAAUUGUGGAUAAUAAUCUUUAGAAAAGUGUUGCAGGUUUUACUUCUUUUUGUAGGUAUAUGAUGUCAUUUCUUAAAUCUAUAAAAAUAAUAACAAUUCAAAUAAUUCUUGAUAUUUUUUUAUACAUGUAUAAAAAAAUCUAAUGUCAAGAAAUUACAGAAGAACAAGAUAAUUGACAAUAUUUUUUGAGUUGUAAGAUAUAGAUAAAGUAUCUACUCAAUGUUGUUUUGUA